AUGACGGCGGUGAUACUGAAGCCUCCGGGAGAUAUUAUCUUCGUUGAACCAGAAUUUACAGCCCAGAGUAAACUUAAUCAGAGCCCCUCUGAGGGGCAACAAUCGACCGCCGUGAAUGAUGCGAUCGAUGGAAGUGGAACAAGCCACGUUCCCAUUGCUAGGGACCACCUUGGGGCUAGUCAAGCAUCCGGUAGUGGUUCAAAAGUGGUUCAAUCGUCGGCUCGCAUCGACGUUGAUACGUCGGAGACCGAUUCGCUACUUGCCAUCGAGAAGACACAGUCGGCAAAAUCCCCCGCUUAUGGUUAUUUUUUACCAUAUGGUCAAGUUGUGGAAGAACUUCUCAACAAACACAGUAUUGCAUUUCGUAAGCAAAUCAAGUACUUGCAAGCACGCGCGUCUCUAGGCGACGCUGCCACGUCGAAACCAUCGUCCCGGCUUAGCCGUAAAAACAGAAUCGGUGGUGAAAGGAUCGCAAUGCGAAGUGAUUCAUUAAAGGAUCCGAUGCCGAAAACAGAGGAGCUAUCAUGGCUAUACAAUCGUUUGGCAACAUUAAUGUACAAGCUUCACGUGGAAUUUUUGAGCCUCUUCGACGUAUCAACAUUUGAUCACAGAAUACAACAAGAAAGAUUAUUAGAUUGGCUAGACAAACAAAUCCUCAAUCCUGAUAACAGUCAAUCAGUAUUGAAGCUCAUGAAAGAAACAGAGUUCAAUUGUGCAUCAGAUGAUCCGGAGACAAAUAUUGAUGAUAUUCAACUAAAAUUGAUCAAGUACUUUUCACAAGAACGCUCUGGAGCACAUUUGACUCUGCAUCAUACCGCUUCCCAUCUGCUGAACGCCUUCCGAGACCAACAUGGAAGCCUUGAACUCAUCACGAUAUCAAAAAGCGGUGGAUAG